AUGGGCUGCGCAAUAUCUGGUCUGGCAGCAAAAGCAGAGUUUGAAGAGAGAAAUACAGAUGAUGGAGCUGCUGUGCAUCUCACCCAGGAUCACAUUCAGAUGAUCAAGGAGUCAUGGAAAGUUAUCCGGGACGAUAUAGCUAAAGUUGGGAUUAUUAUGUUUGUCAGGUUGUUUGAGACCCAUCCCGAAUGCAAGGAUGUCUUCUUCCUGUUCAGAGAUGUGGAGGACCUGGAAAGGUUGCGGACCAGCCGGGAACUCAGGGCUCAUGGCCUACGGGUGAUGUCUUUUAUCGAGAAAAGCGUGGCUAGACUGGACCAGAUGGAGAGACUGGAGGCUCUGGCUCUGGAGCUUGGAAAAAGCCAUUAUCAUUACAACGCCCCGCCUAAGUACUACAGUUAUGUCGGAGCAGAAUUCAUCUGUGCUGUGCAGCCCAUCCUGAAGGAGAGAUGGACAGCUGAGUUGGAGGAGGCAUGGAAGACUAUGUUCCAGUAUGUGACCGGCUUAAUGAAGCAGGGAUACCAGGAGGAGAGUAACCGACAGCAGCACCUCGCAGCCUCCCCGAAGGAAAAACCAGACAAGAGGAACACGGCGCUAUGA